GGGCAAAAAAACAAAAAAAAAAGAGUUGGUGGGACGGCGGGAGACUCAUUUUUAGGCGGAACAAGAAGACCAAUAAAGACUUGACCACAACCCACGGCGGUGGCGCUGCUCCAUUGAGCCAUGGCAAUCCCGAGCGCCGCCUCCGCCAGCUUCUUCUCCAAGCCUAGAGCUCUCCAUCCUUCUCCUCCCAAACUCCUCGCUCGCCGCGCCGCCAUUUACCCGGACGUGGCACGAUCCGCUUCCAUUUCGGCCUCUUCGAACGGCCGUACUCUCAAUCCUAACCGCCGUACGUUUUUGCUGCUUUCCUUUGCCGGCGGCGGCGGAGAUGGGGGCACCAACGGGGGGAAAUUCCCAGGCGGCGGCGGCGGUGACAGGCACGGAGACGGCGAGAGCGGCGGCCAUAGCAGCAACAAUCGGAAGGAGGCGCUGAUGGCGCUGGCGGAGUCCGGGAGAUCGCUGGAGAGCCUGCCCGGCGACUUGAAGGCGGCGAUCGAGAACGGGAGGAUUCCGAGAUCGAUUGUUUUGAGGUAUUUGGAGCUCGAAAAAUCAGCUUGGGUGGCGUGGCUUCUCCGAUUCGGAGGCUUUAAGGAACGGCUCUUAGCCGACGAUCUCUUCCUCGCUAAGGUCGCCAUGGAAUGGGGCGUCGGGAUCUUUACCAAGACUGCUGCUGAAUAUGAACGCCGCAGGGAAAAUUUCUUCAACGAGCUGGAAGUUGUCUUUGCAGAUGUGGUAAUGGCCAUAAUUGCAGAUUUUAUGCUCGUGUACCUUCCCGCUCCUACUGUAUCUCUCCGACCUCCUAUUGCACUGAAUACUGGAACUCUUACUAAGUUUUUCUACAACUGUCCUGAAAAUGCAUUCCAGGUUGCUCUGCCUGGAACAUCAUUUUCAUUGUUGCAGAGAUUUGGUGCUAUAGCACGAAACGGCGCAAAACUCUUUGCAGUUGGCACUACUUCUUCUAUGGUUGGUACCCUUGUGACGAAUGCACUGAUAAAUGCACGAAAAACUGUUGACAAGGCCUCGGCGGGGGAGGUGGAGAAUGUGCCCGUGUUAUCAACCAGUUUUGCAUACGGUGUCUACAUGGCAGUCUCUAGCAACCUUCGGUACCAAGUGUUGGCAGGAGUUAUUGAACAGAGGAUGCUGGAGCCUCUGCUGCACCAGCACAAGCUGGCUCUAAGUGCACUUUGCUUCGCCGUUCGGACUGGAAACACAUUCUUGGGCUCAUUAUUGUGGGUCGAUUACGCACGUUGGAUAGGGAUUCAAAAGGCAGAUGAAACUCAAAGAUAAAAGGGCUUUUAUAUGGGAUAAAUAAAGGUUAGGUUUCAUUAAUGGAUGCAUCCCCCUCAAAAUUAGCUGACUUUUCAUUUAAACAGAUUUGAUUGGAAUUAGGUAGUUGAUGUACUGUGGCAUUUUUAGGAAUCAUUUUUUUAGUUUUUUUUUUAAAAUUUAUUCCUUUCAUUUGAUAUUCGGUGAGAAUUUUGUAAAUAAAAAAAAAGCGAAAGCUUCUUUAGUCCCGUUGUAUUUUUUUCGGUACUAUGUAUUGGUGUUCGUUUCGCCGUUUGUUUUAAGAUAGAAAAAUUAGCGUUUUCUUCGAAGUCUCUAUCUUCUUUUUUUGUCGUGGUAAAUUAAAAUGUGUGAAAACUA